AUGUCGGGGAACUCGCCUCACAUCAGCGUCGAGGGCUCAUCCGAAGCUGCCUCGCCAGCCACGCUCUUCAGGCAACCAUUGCUGACGGCGUCCGAGAGCGCCGAGCGCUCUGGCCAAGGACUCGGCCUCGAGCUUCAGUCAGAUCUCCACAGCAGCUCUGUGGUGAGCGGCGAUUCAAUCUCCAGGUUUCAUAGCGACACGAUCUCGUAUGAGGCGGAAGGCUCCUUGGAUCGUGACUCGGCCGGCGACGGUGGCCUGGACGACGGGGCUGCCCUUGGAUGUGACGAUGACGAGGACGGUGAUGGCGGCAGCGGGGAGCAGGACCAUGACGCCGGUGGCCAGCAACAGUCCUCCCUGAAAUCCGACUCGACGCCGAACGGUGCCUCCGCGCUCAAGAUGGGCCUCAUCGUCGAUCUCGAGCUCAUCGCACUCACCGACAAGGAGCGCCAUCUCCGGCUCGCCAGGGUCCUGAACAAGCGACACUCGCGAGUCUACAAUCACAUCCACCAGUUCUUCCGCAUCAACGUCGCCCUGCCUGACCAGGAGCCCUUCAUGAUCACCGUCGACAAGGACCAGACCAUCGAGUACCUGGCCAAGCAGAUUGAAGCCGAGUACGCUUUUCGGUUCUCGCCCGAGUACAGAUCCUAUUCGCAGCUCCCACAGCUCCCGCUGCUGCCGUCCUCCAAAGAGAACCCCAUUACUUCCUCCGAUGACCCCCAGCCCGCUCCCGACAUCGAGGCAACGGAUCCCAAGCACUCGAACUUUGCCCCCUUGUCGCAGCCAUUCCAUCGAUCUAUGCCCAAACUCGAGAUCUCAUCGCCGCGCGACAGCAGCGGCAGCACACCCGUCGCCAACGACCUGGGCUCCAGACACAGCGAGGCAAAACUCAUCCAAUCAAAGCCCGCAGACAUCAGCCACGACGAUUUGCUGAGUCAAAGGCCACUCGACCAUAGCUCGAGAGCCUCGACCCCGCUGGAGAUCAGCCAAGUUUAUGUUGACUCUGGAAUGCUGGCGCUCCGAUUCACCGAUAAGAUCGGGGAAGUCCUCUGCUUCAAUGACACGGUCUCGAUCAUCAAUACGUUCGAGGCAUUCUCUCCGCGAAGACGCAUCACACGCUCCCAAAAGGACACCAACGCCGCCAAGUCCCAGCCGAACUUGCUCACCCGGCCCGUCGAUAAGCAGCAUAGGUCCCAGAGAUCCACCGAGAGUAUGCAAAAAUCCAGGGAGAGCAUGCAAAAGUCCAGCACCGAAAGCUCCAGCAACCUCGGUCUCUCGAACGCAUCGACCCCGCACAAGACCUCGAACCAGAGCCUGAGCGCCCCGCGGAGCAGCAACCGCGUGCGCAACUUUUCGCUCAUUCCCAAUCCAACUCUCGACGACCGCUUCCAGGCGGUGCUCCACAGCAAGCUCUUCCUGCAGUACUUUGCCGAGUUCUGUGCCGAGCAAUAUGCCAUCGAGAAUCUCCUCUUCUGGCUCGAGGUGGAGAUUUUCCAGUCGUGCGAGUCGGUCGAGAACAUACACACCUAUGCCAAGUUCAUCUACCACACCUUCAUUGCCCUCGACGCCCCACUGAAAGUCAACAUCUCGUCAGAGAUCCAGAAGGACGUGCAGUGGCCACUGCCGACCCCGCCCGACACUGUGGACCUGAGCAUUUUCGACGAAGCGCAGGAACAGGUGUACGCCAUGCUCAAAGCGCACUCUUUUGUUCGAUUCGAAGCCAGUCAAAAGUACAUCCAGAUGUUGGAUGCCCGCAACAUAGACCGAGCCGCCUACAACUCUGGCAAGAUCAAGGGCUUCUACGGCAAGUACUACAUACCCAACAUCGAGUUUGCUGCGAACAUGGUCGGCCUGUCCGAGGAAGGCGUCUCCAAAAUCGACCUUGGCUCGUCUGGACCGCAGCAACGAGAAAGCAUCAUGAACCGGAUCCUUCACAUGCGCUUCCAGAACUCUGUUCAAGUCGCCGAGGACUACUUCAACGAGAUCCACCGUCUCUCGUGGGCUCAGAAACAGGUCAAGAUGAUGAAGGAGAAGAAGCUCUCGCGGUUCUUUGGCAUGCGGCCAUCCAACGACCAGCUGCACCAUCAAACCCCAAAGAAGGCGGUCGAGAGCCGGCUCAAGUACGAGAAGCGCGACAGCAUCAUGGAGUCUCCCGAGAUGUCCUCCCCGCCGGCACUGGCGCCCGAAAACGACUCCCACAUCCGACGAAAGAAGAAGGAGAAGCUCGAAACCUUUUUCGGCAACAAGCUCCCGCGCAACCAGAAAAGGGUCCAAAAGAUUGUCAAGGACGUCGGCGAUGGAAGCGUCGAUGCCCAAAGCGAGGAUGGCGAUGGCGGCUCGAGCGAGGGUGUCUCGGACGAUAACCGCGGCUCGGACGAGUCAUCCGACAGCAGCGAGUGCGAGAUGGCUCUGCCCGCCGGCCCAACUCUAAACGAGCUCGAUGCAUCGCAGCGCAGGAUCCUGACCAAGAGGGCUAAGAAGAUCAAGAACAUGUUUGGCGAGUCCCUCAAGGAGACUACCGUGCAGGAAGCCAUCACCCAGCCCGUAAUUGACCAGCGGAGCAAAGUAUACAUCGAGACUGCUCCUUCUCCCACGACCACCUCCCCUGCAGUGACCGAUCAGAGCCCGGUUUCGAGUCCUCUGCGACUGAUGGUCCCUGGCCUUGGCCAAGGGGGGCGAACCAUCAGCACCGACUCGAUAGCAACAGUCGGAGCAGCCGCCAUCAGCGCCACCCACUCCGUAUCAACCGAAAACCUCUCUCUGGAAACAAAAGAGAUCAAGAAGAAGCGGCUCGACAAGCUCUCGGCCUUCCUCGGAGAGCGCAUCGACACGAACCGCAUCGAAGAGGCUCAGGCCAGCGCCGCCAGCAUCCCAAAAAGCACCAUUCUCCGACCUUUGACGCACCAGGAAAAGAAGCAGUAUCAGAAAAAGUCGAGCAAGCUGGAACGGAUCCUCGGGGCGCUGCCGCCUGUCGACAUGCUUUCCAAGGAUGCGGCUCCAGUGUCGUCGACACUGUCGAGGCCCUCGCAGAGUCCGCUGACCGAGAGUGGGCUGAAGCUGCGGCAGCAAAUCGUGCGAAUUUCAUUAGCUCUCCAAGGGUCCAGUGAUAUCAGCGCACUCUUCAGCCAGCUCGACGACGCAGCAGACGAAGACCGCUCGCCAUAUAACAGCGACGCCGACACUGAUGGCUCUACCGAUCGGCUCCGAGGCAACACAAGCAGCCGUUCGUCGCUGGCCGGAUCGCCCGCCGCCCAUACUGUCGCGGAGGUCAAGGGCAGCCGCCAGCGCAAGGUCAAGAAGCUACGUCGUAUCUUUGGCGAAACCCUCGAUUUUGAGACCUUGUUCUUGAAAGAGCUCGAGCAGGCCAUUGUCGACCACGCCGCCACGGAGGAGGAGAGCAACUUCCUGAAGGAAGACGUUGAGAAUCUGCGCCAACUGGUCCGCAAACUCUCUCGAAACCAAUCGUCUUUAGAUCCGAAAAAGUCCAGCUCCCAGCUCGCAACCGAUUCGCCCAAGUUGUCGCGCAUGGCCUCUCCAAGAGCCUCGCACACAGGAUCACCAAGAAUCUCACGCACGGCUCGUUCCGAUAAAUGACAGGGUCCCUCCCCAGAGAUGAUGAGGAUGGAUCGAGAGAGCCUGUUGCUUGGGCCGGUAGUCGCCGCUUCUCUGGAACUUGAAUAUACAUAUGCACAUCAUACUCGGCCGAUGAGAUAUUGACCACAGAGAUGCUGAAGUGUCCCAUUCGAACAGCGCUGUUUCGCACCAGGGCCGGCAUGCCGCCAAUCACCUGGCCCGGUUCGGCUCGGCUGCCU